GGAAUCAUGGCCGUCCGUUGACAAGACCGACCAUAUGUAACUUGUCUGACAAUUCUUAGUCUCUUCCGAUACAGCAUGUAAACAUAUGAGCAGCGGGGAUUUAAAGAGUACUCCCACGGAUCUUACAGCGGAUAUGGGGUAGCUGUUACGGUAAAGUACUUUGUUUUGACUGCUCAUCAUCUUUGCACAUAUAAAAAUGUACAGUUCAACCUCCAACAACGGGCUGCUGCGGUCGGAGGAAGGUUCUGGUAGCAACCUCUUGGUCCACCACAACAUUAAACCCAUCAAGAGACCCGAGGUCGACAGUAACGUCAGCCUGUUAAGUCUGGCAAGCGAAGAGGACGAGGAAGUGCAGUUUGACACUUCUGACACAGAUGAUAACCGCGAGGUGUUGAUGGCUGGUAGACAAUACCUGUCCAUCCAGGAGUUUGCUUCAGCAAUCCCCAACCACCUUCUUCUGGGGUCUCUACUGGAGCACCUAUGCUUCGUCUAUGAGAGCAAUCCAGCACGCUCGCGCAUGCUGUUUAAAGUCAUUGGCCAGCGUUUAGCUGCCAUGAACCUCCUCUCACCUUUGGCCAUAAGUGAUGAGUUCAGCACCAUCAGACUGCAGCACAACCGGGCCUUCACUGAGCUGCUUCAUGCUGCCAGCUCCUCGCUGUAUCCACAGGGCCAACAACGUUUCGGCACAAACACACACAAUCCUGCACUAAGACCAAAGGAGGGACUGUUUCAAGCGCAGACAUCCCGAUAUCUUAGUGAAUUUGAAGAAAUAUGUAGACUUGGAAAAGGAUCAUAUGGAAAUGUGCAUAAGGUUAUAAACAAACUGGACGGACAACAUUACGCUGUAAAGAAAAUUCUCAUUAAAAAAGUCUCCAAGGAUGACUGCAUGAAGGUCCUCAGGGAAGUCAAAGUGUUGUCCAGCCUGCAGCAUGUAAAUGUUGUUGGCUACCACACUGCAUGGAUGGAACAUGUUCAGCCUGCGACACAGCCUGAGUCUCUCCUGCCUGCACUGGAAUCACCUGGACAGCAAGACAGUUCUGAUAAGAGCCCUGACAGCAGCAGCUCCUCAAUAGUUUUUCAAAGCCUCAGUCAAGCACCAAUAGAUACUGCCUCAAGUGCAAAAGUCAGAGCUUUAGUCCCAACCCAAGAGAAGGGCCAGGUGGUGUGUCCCAAGACGAUGCGUCGCAUCCCAGAGAACUACGUCCCCUGUGUGUUCCUGGGACAGCGAGAUCUCAUAAAGGGCUCCAAAUGUCCUGCCACGGGCUGGGACAGUUCAGCACUGUUAGAGGAGGAAUCCAGCAGGAGUAGCAUUGAACUGAACAACAACUCCUGCAUCGACAAGGAAUGUCAGGAGUGGGCUGACAUUCGCACAACAAAGCCUCCCAAAGAGGUACAGUUCCACCUGAUGCUCUACAUCCAGAUGCAGCUGUGUGAGCGCUCACUGAAGGACUGGAUCUCUGACAGGAACGCCAAGCCCAAAGAAGAACAGACCUCAAAAGGUCCAUAUGGAUGUGUUGAUACUGAACACACACUCAGCCUGCUGAGAAAUAUUCUUAAAGGGGUGGAGUACAUUCACUCCAGGGGAAUCAUGCACAGAGACCUGAAGCCAAGGAACAUUUUCCUCCACGGUCAGGACUGUCAUGUUCGGAUUGGGGACUUUGGUUUGGCAUGCAGAGAUAUAAUAAUGGAUGGGCAUAAAAGCAGCACCUCUGGCAGCAGUGAUUCCUCACAUACUACAGGUGUUGGUACUUUUGUAUAUGCUGCACCAGAACAACUAAAGGGCUCGCAUUAUGAUUCAAAGUCAGACAUGUACAGCAUUGGAGUGCUGGCUUUCGAGCUAUUUCAGCCCUUUGGGACAGAGAUGGAGCGGGUCCGGACCCUUGAAGACCUAAGAGAGGGGAAAAUCCCAGACUCGUUCUGCCAGAGAUGGCCGGUCCUGACCAAGUACAUCACGCAGCUGACGAGUACAGAACCAGGUGUUCGACCCACGGCCAGCCAGCUUCUACAGAGUGAACUCUUCUGCAGUAAAGACAUAGUGAUCCAUAGUUUGCAGAGAAGGGUUGAAGAGCAGGAGGAAGAGCUCAUACAGUUGAGGAAACAGAUCAGUCUGCUUCAGAGCUCACAAGUGACAGUUCAUUUCUCUGAGUCGGACAGGACCUGAGCCUUAAAAAUCUCAAAAUACUUCACAGACUGUCAAAACUUGAUUAAUUCAACUACUGCUGUACUAUGCUUUGGUGACUUGGUACAAGUGGUAGAGAGAGAGAGAGAGAGAGAGUGUGUGUGUGUGUGUAAACAUUUCAGUGCGUCAUGUACACCUGGAUGUAAGGGUGCAAUUAUUUAUCUUCAUUCAGCUGUUCAAUAAAUCCUAUUUCUAUUA